CCGAAGGGCAGAAACUUGCAAAGGUUCGGUUUUUGCUUGAUUUUAUGACACCCCUUUUAAUUCUCUCUCAUGUUCAGUUUGAACUCCUUAACGCGCAGCCUAAUGCAGGGCUGUCAGCCAUCGAUCCUGAUUUUCACCACUCGACAACGGAAGCUUCGGCACCCGCGUCUACCUCUGACAUGUCGACCAGAGGACCGUCAACUCCAGCAACUCUACUUCUCACAGAAGAGCUUGUCGUUACCUCACAUGCAAGGCCUAUUCCUAAUCAUUGCCCAUCAACUCGGCCUCCCUCUACUUCCCCUCUUGCAUCACCCCUAUCGCCUGUCCCUUCUCCGAGGCCCAACCCUGCUGUGUCACAUAUUGGCACAUCCAGGAAGCGCAUGUUAGAUGAAUUUCGAAUCAACAGCGAUAGCCAGCUCGAAUCGGACACCCCCAGCCCCUCAAACCGUCGGAAAUGAGUUGAGCAGCGUUUGCAAUGCAAGAUUGGCAAGAGCGCAGUAUGUUGUGAAUGUUUACAUGAUGUAGUUCGCCGCUUGUUAACACAAUGUUGUCUCUAAGUACAUGCGACCGUUUUACAGUCUAAUGCAGACCUUCAUUGAGAGUUCUCGGGCCUCUUGAGUAGUAACACGCUCCAAAAUCCUGCUCACAGUGCCAGGUUGGUCCACAAGAGCAUGACUGCAGUUCGUAUGAUGAUUGGGCAGUAUGUUUUGCUUUCUGUGUCAAUCUAUGGUACUGUCAUAGUUUUACAUCCCUUCGCAUAAUUCCAAUUUUUCUCCUUAACAUACAGGUACGAUUUGCCCAUCUUAUGUAUGGUAAUUCGUAGCUAGCAAUAGCACGUCUCUAGGCCGAGUACAUGCUCUAUAUGUGGCUGCCAG